AUGGCGGUCAACCCGGCUCCCAACAUCGGAUCGCCGGUUGGACCACCUCCUGCGCCUUUGCCCUUCAGCUUGCAAACGUCGCAAGAUAGCGCUUAUGGCUUCGGUCAGAAAAUUGCUGACAAGCGAGCUGCGAAGUGCCUGCCUCAACCUCGAACAUGGCCGCAAAAGUGCGAUCGCUGUUUGUCGAAAGGCCUAGAGUGUUCACCUGGCGAAGUCAAGAAAAGGACACGAAGACGGGCUCCAGGCGAAGAAGAGCCUGAAAGCAUGAUGAGUAUCCCGAGCGACCGGGGAUCCCACGGCCAAGAUCAUGAUGGCUCUAGCAACUUUUGGAACUGCGAAGAUCUUAUGGAUAUACUUACCGCAGUCCAGCUUCUGAACAGCGUAUACGAAGUCCAUCAUCACCAGAGAACCUCCUUGCUAGAUAUUCUCGAUUUCCAAAAGACUCCCUGCCAAAGCAAUGGACCUGGGACUCAGGCACAGCUCGAUGUGCCCUACGUCUCGGGCCUUCAUCAGACCUUACCACUUCUCAAAGACAGGAUAUCGAUCGCCAUCAAGACGAGACUCGGCCACGGCAAGACUACGUGUUUCGCGGAGAGGAUGUUGUUUGAGAAUACUCUCAGUGAGCUACACAGCAAUUUGCCGAAGCGUCCGAUUAUUGAUGGCCCUGUCGAAACCCAUAAACUACUCAUACGCGAACAGAUCUCAGACCUGAUGUUUCGGUCCAGGUCAAGCAUGUCGGAGACCAUUACGUUGAAAGCGAUAGUCUCACUAUCCACCACACUUUCUUCGAGGCUUCCGAUACUUUUGAAGAAGUUUGAUCUCUACGACUGGUCUUACGUUGAACAGGGCUUCGGCCCAGAAUGGGAGAAGUUGGUCCCCCAUGCGGUUGUUGGGUGUCUCCUCUUCGCUCCGGGCGAUCUCUACUCAGACUCGCAGCCAUACGCCAAGAUCUGGGCUCACGACAUUCUGGUGAAAGAGGGCGCGAAGUACCCCAUAGUCGCACGGGAUCUCGCCCUCAUCCCGCCCAAAUCCAGCAGCUGGUCCCUGAAGGAGCUUGCCUUCCUCACCGACCACGUCGGACCGGACCUCAAGGACAGUCAAGGGCUGACUCUCGUCCACGCCGCUAUCUUGGACCACAGGCCGGACAUUGUGCAUCAGCUUCUCGAGCCGGGAGGCGCCAAACCGUGGCACCGAAUAUUCAGGAGACGGUUCUCCCUUUUUCAUUUCGCAGCCUCGGUGGGAUGCGAGUUGUGCUACGCGGAGUUGCGCUGCCACCCAGAUAUCCGGCCGGCGGAGGAGACGCGGGACCGGAACGGAAUGCUGCCCUUGCACGUCGCUGCCCUUCGCGGGCAAGUGAACGUGGUGGAAGCUAUUCUCAAGGCGCAUUUUGACGGAGCGGAGGAGAAUGAGGAGUACGUGAAUCGUGAGACGUCAGAAGCUGGGCAUACUGCUUUGUAUCUCGCGAUAGCGCGGGCCGAAGAUGAUGCUACAGCUAGAUUCUUGGCAAUGUACCCCGGCGUCGACUUCCUCGUGGAUCGUCAGGUACGGCAGACAGCGCUUCAUGUUGCGGCGUCUCGCAAACGACACGGUCUAUUGCGGUUUCUCCUUUCUCGAGCACCCGAGCAUCAGCUCAAUGUGCAGAACGAAGACGGUGAGACGGCAUUGCAUAUUAUUGCCCGGCAUGGUGACCGAGAAACAUUGAACGCUGUCUUGGACCUCCCCUCAAUUGAACUUGACGUGACGGCCAACGACGGAUCAACACCACUGGUUGAUGCUGUGACGAACGGGAACAUGGAGGCGAUGGAAGCCUUGAUCGGCUGCCCGGGUGUGGAUAUCACGGCGUUACGGCGGCCUUUGGAGCCCUUUGGGUUUUCUGCACUGGAGCAUAUCUUGCAAGAGGCAAACGGCAACGAUGGUUCUGGGGGGUACGUCGAUAUUCUGGAGUGCUUGCGAGUGCGUUGUCCCGAGCUAGAAGACGAUCUUUAUGAGGCUUCAAUGGCUGAGAUGGAGACGGAUGACGGUGAUAUGGAGGUUGAGUAA